UAGUCUAUCACGUGCAAUUUCCGUUACCAGACCUCAUUAGUCAUCGCCUCAAACUCUAUUGAAACAAAGACACAAAUCCAUUCUCUCACACUUUACUCCUUGGACUCGUUCACUGGCGUCGGUUCCAUAAUCCCAAACCUCCCACUCUCCUCCACUUGUCACCACAUACCCAUCACCAUCCCUUCGAAUCCAAACACCAGAAAAAUUAAAACAGCCCCUCUCCCCUUCUUCUCCUCCACAAGAUCAAAUCGAAAAGAAACCCAGAUGGGUUUUAAAUCUCAAUAGAUCUCAGAGCUGUUCAGAGAGAUAAGUCUUGGGGUUUUCUUGCUUUUCUUGAUCAAUGGCGACGCUGCAAAAAUUCAAGCUCUUAGCCACGCAAUGUGCAGUCACAGCUACACCAACACAAAGUCCAACGACAAGUCCGGUUUUUCACAUCCGCCGCAGGAGGAAGACUCUUCGGAUGCUACUCUCGAAGAAAUCCGAUGCUCGCUGGAGGGCUCCCCGGCGAGAAGAUCAAUCGGAGGUGGAGGAAGAUCCGUUGCCCGAGAAGGGGGUGAGGAGGAAAUUGAAGGAUUUGUUUGUGUCUUCCCCGCCCUUUGAGCAGGAGAGGAGGGGUGGCGAGCGUGGUGGUGGUGGUGAGGACAUGGGGUUGAUUAGUGGCGGCGGAGCCGCGUUGAGAAGAGGUGGCGGCGUCGGCGCGUUGAGACCGGUGGCGGCGACGUUUAGAUAUAGAUUGUUAAGGAGAGCUUGGAGACCUGUAUUAGUAACUAUCCCCGAAUAAUUUUUACCGAUAAAUGGAAAUAUUUUUGUUUCUUUUGUUUUCUGCGAA